AUGAGGAGCUUGGCCCUAUUGCUACCUCUGCUUGGUAUUGUUGCGGCAGAAAUAUUCUUCAAAGAGGAAUUUGGAGACGAUUCCUGGGAAAAACGGUGGAUACAGUCAAAGCACAAAGACGACUAUGGAGAAUUCAAGUUGUCGACUGGCAAAUACUUCGGUGAUGCUAAGAGAGAUCAAGGAUUGAAAACUAGUCAAGAUGCGAAGUUCUAUUCCCGAGCAGCCAAGUUCCCUAAGCCCUUCUCUAACAAAGGAAAGACAGUCGUUAUUCAAUACACCGUCAAGCACGAACAGGGGAUCGACUGUGGAGGUGGUUACGUGAAGGUUAUGAGCUCAGAUGCUGAUCUCAAAGACUUCCACGGUGAGACGCCAUACAAUGUGAUGUUCGGACCUGACAUUUGUGGGCCCACAAAGAAAGUCCACGUCAUUUUCUCCUACAAGGGCAAGAAUCAUCUCAUAAAGAAGGACAUCCGCUGCAAGGAUGAUGAGCUGACUCACCUGUACACACUUAUCGUGAAGCCAGACAAUACUUAUGAGGUGCAGAUUGAUGGCGAGAAGGUUGAGAGUGGCGAGAUUGAGGCAGACUGGGAUAUGCUUCCUCCAAAGAAGAUCAAGGAUCCCGACGCGAAGAAACCGGAGGACUGGGACGAAAGAGAGUUCAUUGAUGACGCUGAUGACAAGAAGCCGGAGGAUUGGGACAAGCCAGAGCACAUUCCCGACCCAGAUGCAAAGAAGCCUGAUGACUGGGAUGAUGAGAUGGAUGGAGAAUGGGAACCUCCAAUGAUCGACAACCCAGAAUACAAGGGAGAGUGGAAGGCCAAGCAGAUCAAGAAUCCCGACUACAAGGGCAAAUGGAUUCAUCCUGAAAUCGACAACCCAGAGUACACUCCCGAUGACGAGUUGUACCUUUAUAAAGACUGGGGAGCGAUCGGUUUCGAUCUUUGGCAAGUCAAGUCUGGCACAAUCUUUGACAACAUCAUUAUAACCGAUUCAAUCGAUGAAGCUAAAGCUCAUGCCGCUGAAACUUUCGAUAAGUUGAAGACA